AUGAAAGCAUUGAUCGGUAUAUUUAUUCCGUUGUUCAUCCCUUGGACGAGCGCCUCGUUCUGCGGGACUAACGGCGUUCCUUACAGCUUAGAAAUCCUAUCCGAUGGUGAGUGAAGACUUGAAAGAAUGACACACUGAUCGAUUCAUUUUUUGUGUUUUUUUUCCUAAGAGAGGUAUUUCCGAAGAUCGUUUGACAGCGCGUUGACCUUGCAGACGUUAUAGCCCGUCAGAACCCAUUAGCUGGCCUAAACGACCACGGAAGACUUCCAAAAUACUUAAAUGAAGUUGAGAGAAAGAAUUCCAUUCAGGCUCACCUGUACUGGGAUGCGCUCAGCCGACGUGCAUGGCCGAGGCGCCAGAAGACGUUGAAGACAGUUCGUUCAUUGCCAACGCCGCCGGACAGGAGGAUGGCUUUUUUCGAGAAGGCGACCGGCAAAGGAAGCCUUUUUUCCGCACCAAUAAGCCAAAAGCGGUGAGUAAAGUUGGAAGAUAGAAUAUCUGGAUAGUCAAGAUUCGGAAUGUGUACAUUACUCAGGGAAAUCUCACUUUGCCUGAGGGACUUUGCAACUUUGACGAAAUCCUUGACACCUUUCAGAUUUUCAUUCAUAAUUUCAAUAGUCGGAAUAAGUUCAAUCUUGAAGAUCUCAGAUAAAAAUUCCUAUCAUUGGGUUUCGAGUUGUGGCAGACGCAUUAUGUAACAGGAAAAUGAGCAAUUUGACUCAACUUUUGAUUAAAUAACUAAAAAUUGGGAUUCUUGGGAAUCUUACUCAGCUUACAAAGUCAAUAUCACCGAGUAUUUCAAAAUUAUGAUUUAAUUCACUUCACUGUUUCGAAAAAAAGGUCAACCUUAGGGAUUAUUUACUCAAAAUCUUCAGCUUCAGCUUCCUGAUUUUUGAACUUUGGUUGUUUAUGAUGAUGUACCAGAAAAAAAGGUUAAAAUUUAGCAUUUUUUUCACUUCAUAACAGCUCACAAUUCCGAAAAAUCGACUUUUUUGUUUUGGAAAGACCAUUUUUUUUCGAUCUCUUCGAAUCCCAGCUUUGCCAUGUCGCUAAGCUCUCUGAGAAGUGAGGCUUAUGUGUUUUUUCGGCAUCUCCUCAGCACAGUGAAUUGUCCGGUUGGCGGCUGAAGGGUACAAAUGGUCGCCUAAUACGUCGACCAAUUUUCUCUUCGCCGACUACCUUGGUGCACCGACUAGUUGGCUAAUUGUCAAAUAUAUCUGUCGGGGUGAACGGCUCAUAUUGUGUAAGGACAAAAAAUGUCCCUAGAAAGAAUUUUCAUAAAAUUGCCCAACCAUAUUUCUUGUAUUGAGGGCAUACUCCUUCCGUAAACGGUCUCAAUUUUGAAUGAUGUGUUUUUUUUUCUUUCAAGCGUCUUCGACAUUCGGGAAACUCAAAGCUCAUAGUUUCGAAGGAAAAAAUGAUUUUUCAAUAGUAAAGAAAAACGUGGAAAAGUUCAAAAAGUUCUGGAUUUAUUUGGCAGACCUCUCAAAUUAUUCAAAUGUACAGUAACGAAAAUCGAUGAGUAUUUUUUUAGUUUUUUUCAUCCGUUACUUAGUUAAAAAUCUCUUUGAUCUGAAAAUGAACGAAAAACCAAAAAAAACUUGACCAUUUUUUUCCUACUGAAGUUAAAGCUCCGAUUUUUUUAUUGACCCGACCAACUUUUUAUUUUUUUAGCGUUAUUCAAAAAAACCUUGAAGAUUCCUAAUCAUCAUGAUUUUUUUGGAAAGUUCAAAAAGUACAGAUUAUUGAUACGUGAUAAUGAAAUAAUCAGAAAAAAGGUUUACUUCAGAAGGGAAGACUUACCGAUUUCCCACUUCAUUAUGAUCUUUGGAUUUCAUCUAAGUUAUCUUCAGUUGUUUUUCGCUUUCCAAGCAAAGAAGAUCGGAACAUAUCAGCUGUCACAAAAAUCAAUCAAGCGAUUUUCAGCCAAAAAAUGAACGACCUUAAUUUUUGAUUCGAUUGUUCGAGUCACUUGUGGAAAUAAAUUUACUCAUUCUGAUAAGGAGUUUAGGACUGCCCGGGAACGUUUUCCGAGUCGGCGUGCACUAAGAAGAACCAAUGGGUCGGUGGUAUCGAUUUCGUCGACCACCCUCGGGAUCCGUUUGUUCGAUAUCUAAGAAUCUGAAACAGUGAUCAUACUUUAGGUUGGUCUUAAAGUGCUGCUCUUUCGAAGGACUCCGUUUUUCUCAAGAUGUUGGUGUGACGACUAUUUCUACAGGUUUGUGUCUUUUUUCUUUUGGGUCGGCAAAAGCUGGAAGAUUCUUUAUGUCACAGUUUUUUUUUUGGUUUGUGAGCCUUUUUCAUUCUCUGAAAAACUAACGGUUCCAUAAAUAACAGUUUUCAAAUCAUACUAAGUAAUAAUAACGUUUAAUUAAGAUUUAAGUUGUAAAUUUAUCAUCACAUCUCCCUCCGAAAAUGCUCAUUUCUUGAUGAACUCAUCCUUUCUCAACGUCUCUGAACUAUUGAAAAAAAAUGAGGUCCUUGAAAAGUGUCAUCUUUAGGUGAAGCGGUAACCGGAGGCGAAGUGAUCCGAGAUGGACGCCAGAUAUCGUUUGACGUCAUCGCAAACGUUCGACAUCUAAUCGAUCCAGACGACCCAAAGCGGUCCGUUUCAUUCGUUUUUUUAGCUACCUGUUUUUGGAGAAACAAUAUUGAAAUAAUAUCGUCGAAUGUUGAAUAUUUGUGAGAUCAACUUUUUUUAAAUAUUAGUUCAAAGAUCGUUAUUCCAUGCCAUUUCCUGCUUAAAGGUGUGAUUUUAGAGGUUCAUUUAUUUACUAAAAAAAUGCGAAGAGUAGGUCUUUUUUUCAAUGAAUUCUCAAAAAAUGUCCUAAGUUGAAUAUUGCCGGACUAUUUAUUCGGUUCAGUGAAAAAAAAAUGAAUAAAUGAAAAGAAGGGACUUUUCCAACUUUUGAUUAACUUUUUAGUCUUUUCUAAGAUUUUAGAAACCGGCUACGCUUGUUUUCGAACCAAAGCCGUCCCCUCUAUCAGUCGUGUGGAAAGUUUAAUUAAUUCUGCUUAAUUAAAAAAUCGCAAGGAUUCAGAAGCAGCUUCAUUUGAAAACUGAAAAAAGCGGGAUCAUAGAGAAUGGGUUAUUGCACGCGGGCGUUUUUGUAAUUCGGUCAUGGCGAUAUUAAUCUGCAAUCCUUGGGCGAUGAGAUCUCAAAAAGUCGACAGCGCGAUUCCAAAACAUUUGCUCGUAAUAGGAAGAAAAAGCAACGUUUUCCGAAAAAUUCCAGCGUCGUCGCGUUUUUAGACAGCAAAGGUGCCAAGAACAGGAAGCCGUUUGUUGGUGUUGGCGGCAACAAUAUCGCCUGCGCCGAUUUGGGCAGACGAUGAUAAGACAGGUCGAGUUGCGUGACAUGCAUUCCUCGGUUGUCGUCGCCCGACCGUGAACGAAAAUCGCCAAGCUGUCGUCAGCUUGAUAUUAUUUUGCCGGAAAUGAGAAAGCCAGCUCAUGAAUCAUCGCACAUCCCUUGAAAUAAUUUUUAAAUGAAGUAUUUUUAGAGAAAAUUUUGGUUUACUUCUUUUUUUUAAAAAAUAAUUGUUAGCCCUCGAAUCGAUCACAGUUAAAAAUUAGACAGUGUCGAAAAAAAUUCACUUUUUUGUCCCCUUGCAAAUUAUAGUAAAUUCAAAAGGCCCUAAUGACAAAUAGGCCUAUUUGAUGUGAAAAUAAGAAGAUCCUGAUUUUUGUCUGUCAUGUCUUUUCCUCAGUAAAAAAAUUUUUUUGUAUUUUUUUGUGAAUUUUUUCCGAAAGACUCCCCCGUUCUGGGUGAAUAUUUUUUUCAUGACUUCUACAAAUUGAAGCAAAAAAAUUACCUCUAAAAAAACAUAAUUUUUUUCUUUUUGUGUUCACUACAGUAGGUUUGCAAGCAACUCUUCACUGGUAAUGAUCAUGAGUCAGUCUUACAUCGAAUUUCAAAAUUUUCUUGGUCAAAUACAGAUUCACAUGCAAUGAAAUAGGCUCAUACGAAAUUUCAGCAUUAUCUGAAAAAGAAAAAUUGCUUUUAGCUAUAAUUUGAUUCAUUCAAGUUUUCUAAACUUUCAAAGAUAACAGCGUUCUUCUAAAACCGGAACUGAAACUUCAAAAUCAAAUAUAGUUAUCUCUUCGAUAAACUUGUCAAGUUGCUAGUUAAAGUUUGGCCUAAAUGCGGGAAAGUUCGACACAGAGAAAAUAAUUUGGAACAGGUCACGGAAAAAAAUUAAGGGAAAGAGCACAGAAGUUUAAACUUACUGAAAGCAAUCAAAUAACUUCAGGGCAUACUACGAAGUGACAGUUCGACGAAUGAACUGCCUGCCAGAUCCACCAGAGCUUGAAGUACACUGUGAGUGGAGAAUGCUUCAGAAAAAAGGAUUGAAAAUUCCUUUCAGAUGACGAAGAGGUAGAAAGCGAAGUGAUCCGAGUACUGUCAAACGCGAGUAACGCUGCCAUGCAGUGAGUUCUUUUUAAGAUCCUGUCUUCACCUCUUGCGAAAUUUUUGAGCUCAUUCAAUUUCCAAGAUUGAGAUAAGAAAAAAAGAACUUCAGGUUCGGACACGACGGUCACCCGCAUAUGGAUAAAGAGAAGAAGCCGUUCCACAACCGGACUCCGUUCAAGCGGAAGCCAAAAACUUCUUCCACGCACAAGUAAAAAUUAGUAUCCGGAUUCCAAUGGUCCUUGCUUUCAGUGUCAUCUCGCCAGUUCAUGAAGACCAAGAAAAAAAGCCAAAAGAAGCAUUCAUCGGAAGUUUUGGAGCACCAAUCUAUAAGUGAGUGCUGAAUUUUAUUAACGUUGAAUUAGUCGAACAGAUUCUUAGGAGUUUUAGAGUGGUCCCUAGAGGGUUCAGGUGGUGAAAAGGCCACUUCAAGGGCCGAUAAAGUGGCUUCUAUAGGGAUUUAGGGUCUGUAAGGGUCGUUCAGUUUUGUUCAAAAAAGUGAAUUUUUUUGUUUUUCGCAUGAAAAUGGGUCGCAGAAAGCUCAUAAAAAUUAUCAACUAGCCUGCCUCCUAUAGGGACCACUUUUGCAAGCUUUAGUGGCCCCUAUAGGGGUUGAUAAAUGGUCCCUAGAGCAGACCCUCCAAGGGCCCCUAAGGUUGCCCCUAUAUGGACCCCUCUGGGGUUCCUAAAUUUAGAUUGAGUUGAUCACAAUGAUUUUAUUGAUUUGAUCGAUUGGUUCUUCACCAAUUUAUAAACUGAAGUGAUGAUAAACUGAAAAAAAACUUUCUUUUUUUUUUAGUUUCAGGCGAAAUAAAGAACGAUCCGUCACUCUUUGAACACACAUUAUUUGCUAAAGCCGAACAGAAAGAAUAUAUUCAAAGUUUUCAGCCCCACAGCAAACGAAAUCGAAGAAGUGCCAGAAGAAUCAAAAGCAACAGAGACCACUGAAAUCACGGAAACCACUGAAGUGGUCACUGAAACACCGACGACAGCAACAAGCAGACAUCCUAUUCCCUACACUCGUAGGAUAUUAACUAUAAAGCCGAGAAUUCCCAAAACGACUCCGGCUCCCUCGGUCAGACCUCCAGCUCAUGUUCAGGUCAGUUUCAAUGAUUUUUUGAUGAAGAAGUCUUUUUUUUAAAUUCAGAUAGAAGCAGAAACGAUUGCACCUGUUCAUGUACAGCCUCACGAUGCUCACAAUCCUUUCUCGUUUGCUCCGUUGCCUCCACUUCCGCAGUUUUUGAUGGCUCCUUUCGCACCGCCUGCAGCUCCAGCUCCACCAGUUCCCGUACCUCAACAGCAUCCGGCCUUUGGUGUGAGCCAGUCAGCGCAGAUCGUGCCACUGCCGCCACCAUCGCCCUUUGGACUUUUCCCUCAGCCACCGGCUCAGUUCGGUCACUAUGGCGUCCAGAACAACGCUGAGCUCGACGGUCUUGAUGGAUAUACGCGCUCUUUGCUCACCGAUCCUGGCAGUCCGUUCAUGCUCCAGCCCCAGAAUACUAUUGCUUCUCCUCCUGCUCCCGCUCAGUUCGUGCUCCCGCAACAGCAGUUUUUCCUAGCGCCGCCACCGCAGCAACAACCUUACCAGAACGCUUUCAAUCCGUUCGCUCAACAGCAAUUUCCACAGGUAGCUUUUCUUAAUUUCCAAACUCCUAGAAUGAAAAGCUUGUACAAAAUUUUGUAUCCGAACUAAAGUUUUUGUUCGAUUUUUUUUAGUUUUUCAGCCAAAUUUAAACAGAACACUCUUCUAGGACUGGCUAUGAAACAUUACAAAGCCCCCCAUCCCUCCCCCCUGUUUUUUGGAAAACCUCUUCUCUUCAUCUGAAAGAAACCCUUUAGUCUAUGAUUUGACGCACAAUAGGCUGUAAACCAAUGGCGAAAAAUAAACAGGCUGGCGUCAGUCAAAAAAUGACAGCUCAAUAAUUUGCAUGACCUCGGAUUAAUAGCGGUCAUUGUUGACGGCAUUGAGAUUUAUAGCUCGAAAAUCCAGGCUGCGAAAUUACUAAUUGUUGGUUCUUCUCUGACUAUUAAGUUCUUUUUUUCAGUUGAAUCGAGUGAUGAUUCCGGCGCCUCAAAGAGAUCCUCAACUGCUGGGAUACGAUGAUCAGCCGGAAAUAGUCCAUCCGGAGAUGUCUCCGCGACAACAACAGCUUGGCCACAUCUACCGUCCCCCGCCGUUUGCAGCCCUCGGCACCACUAUCCAGAACUUCAAUCUUCACAACAGACGACAAACGGCAUGA